UGACCAGAUGAACAAAGUGCAAAGACGCCGAGUCGCUCCUCCCUCCCAUCGUCGUCCGUCCCAAACUCAAGAUGGCGCAGCAAUUCGUCCAGGCUAAAAUCAAAGGAGAUAAAGUGGUUUUGUUCAUUAAGCCAACAUGCUCGUACUGUAUCACAGCAAGGGAAGUUCUAUUGAAGUACAAGUUCAAGCCAGGACAUCUGGAAUUUGUUGACAUCAGCGGACGUCAAGACAUGAAUAGCAUGCAGGAUUACUUCCUGGAACUCACCGGGGCCCGCACCGUCCCACGGGUGUUCAUCGGAGAGGAGUGUGUCGGUGGUGGCAGUGAUGUGGCUGAGCUGCAUAAGAGUGGCAAACUGGAGGGAAUGUUGCAGUCCAUUGGGGUUCUCCAGUGACUUCCCAUAAACUGUCAGGUGACGUCACAUGACCGUGCAGCGAGACUUGCGUAAUUUGCGUCGCCGUUGCUGGUACUCGUUGAGCUCCUGCAGAUACCCUCUGGAUGGCCAUCGAAGCCUCUCCACCUGCUCCCGCUCCUCUUCUGGAACACACACACACACACACUGCUGUUUACAGUCUCGCGUCCAUGUUGCUGUAUCCCAAUCAGGAAGGCACAGAUUUGUUUUUGCUUCUUUGUGGUCGCUCUCUCUCUCUCUUGACCUUUGACCUUUGCCCUUCAGUGCCAUCUAAAGACUAAAAAUAAACCUUGUGUGUGUGUAAGGGAUGAUAAUAAAUGAUACCACUGAAUCGA